UUCUACUUGUACUUUAACAAAAAAAAUAUACACGGUGCCUUUAAGAUCCUUCAACUCUGCUAGUUUUUAAAAUGACGUAGCAGGCAGUGGUCAAUCCCGCGCUGCAGCCAUGCCUGUAGAUAGGUUCCCGGCUGCUGCUUACGCGCGCGACAUGGCGGCAAGGAAGUAAACAUUACCCGCACUGGCCAUGGACAAGUUUGAGUCGGAAAAGACAUUCGUCUAGUUAGAAACAUACUGUUAAUGGCUGCCUGUAGUGAUGCAUUCUUCAAAUAAGAGACCGUAUAGCGCAUAAAUCAAGGGAGGUGUUAGUAGCCUACAGCUUUAUGCAGCAGUUUUAUCACUGCAAACUCAUGGUGAAGUUGCGCGUCGCAAACUUAUGGAGGCUUUAGAUCACCACAUUGUUGACUAUGUGCCUGGUUAUACUUUGAAAACAAACUGAGUUCUUAUAGAGCAUCCAGAAAGCACUACUUGGAGGUCAGUAUUUGUUCAAAAUCGCUGGCUGUCCAAAAGUGUGCAGAAACAGCAAUAUGGAUUACGUAGCAACUGGCAGCAACGUGAAAGUGUUGGCUAAGGCAAUCCACUCACUGUCCAGGAUUGGAGAGGAGUUGUACUUUGAAUCACAGGAAGAUGGGCUGGCUUUGCGCACAGUGAACUCCUCCCGUUCGGCAUUUGCCUGCUUCCACCUAUGUCCACUUUUCUUCCAACGAUUCCACACACCCCAAGGCGACAGUUUCCGCUGUAAAAUGCCAAUAAAGAGUGUCCAGGCAGUGUUCAAGUCCCUCUCCUCUUUAGAAAAGACGGUUGAGAAAUGUCGAAUUGAGUGGAAACCUGAACAGUCUCAACUGACAUUUACACUUCACUGCAAAAAUGGUUUGCUGAAGACACACAACCUGUCCUUUCAGGACUGUGAGAGUUUGCAGGCUGUGUUUGACAAAGAACGUUCUCCCAAUGUGCUACGAGCUCAGCCAAGAUUACUUGUGGACACCGUCCUCCAUUUCCCCCCCUCUUUGGAGGAGGUGACCCUAUCUGUGACUAGUGAUCGCAUGUGGCUGAAGAAUCAUGUGGAGGAUGAGUCUGAUCAGUCCAAAGCCAUGAUGACAGAGCUGUACUUGAGCUCGGAGGAGUUUGAAGACUUUGUUGUCACCUUGCAAACCAGCAUCACCUUCUGCCUUAAAGAACUCAGGGGAUUACUGGUUUUUGCAGAAUCAACUGGUCUCCCAAUAUCAGUAUAUUUUGAUGAGCCAGGAAGGCCAGUGGUCUUCAGUGUGUCAGACAGUGUCCUGGAGGCUAACUUUGUUCUAGCUAGUCUGUCAGAGGAUUCCCAUCACAAAAACAACACAAAAUGUGCCCCAACUGCCCCCCCUCCAGAUGACUUCAUGUGCGACGACAUGGACUCAUACCUCAUUGCUAUGGAAACAAGUGAAAUUGCUGGACCCUCCACCCAGAUCAACCAACCGCCAGGCUCCACCCACGCCCCAACUACACCCAAUCACAGAGCGCUUUUGGACAAUGAACUGGAAGAGGAACAGGAACAGGAACAGGAGGAGGAUGAUUUAGAGAGGCCACCUAAUAAAAAAUUCCGAUCGCUCUUCUUUGGAUCAGUCCUGCCCACACCCUCCCAGGGGACCAGCCAGACACUGCAAGGCCAAGAUGUUCUAGCCAGUGACAGUGAAGACGAGGGAUCUCCAUGACAACAGUACUCCAAGCUCAGACUAUAUAUAUAUAUAUAAAACUGUGAGAAAACUGUCUAUUACAGUCAGUCACAAAGACUGAUUCACAUAUACUCACACCAAGCCAAGCAACAUUUUAAUAAUGAUCAAUGUCAGUGUAAUUUCAGUUGCAUGUAAGAAAAAAAAAAACAGGUGGCCAUUCAAAUCACUGAACAGAAUGAUUAAAAUGUUUUAUUUUCUGUU